AUGACGCUUACAUCUCCGUCUGCUCACUCGUCCCAGUCUGGGCAAUCUCCAGAUGCGCAAUUUCGAAUCGUCCGAAAACGGAAUAGGAUCCCGUUAUCUUGCGGACCAUGCCGACACCGAAAGCUCAAAUGCGAUCGUAGCACCCCAUGUCAGAACUGUGUCAAGCGAGCGGAUGCCGUCAGCUGUGUAUAUGCUACACCGACGAGUAGGAAGAGGACCAAUCACACCCAAUCUCAAACCGCUUCAAAUUCGCCAGAUGACAUGCAGAAUCGCAUAGAUCGCUUGGAAGGUCUUGUUUUGUCUUUGAUGACAAAUGGAUCGCAGUCCGCUGGCCCGAAUGCUGCAGCUGCGGUGCUUCGCUCAGCCGAAGCAUCGAGCACCAGCAGUGCCCACCACUUUGAUAGGAACAUGGAAGAGACGCAGAUGCUGGAUGAUGACGAAGUGCAGGGAGACGACAGCGACACAGAAAAGGUCACAAAGAGCUUCGGCGUCAUGAAGGUGGACAAUGAAAAUAAGAAGACGGUCUAUAUCGGCGAGGACCACUGGGCAGCGAUAUUGACCGGUAUUGCAGAAGUUAGGCAUUUCUUUCAGACCCAUAAGAAUCAGUUCGAAGAACAGACGCAACGUGUGGCACAGACCAGGAAGGACAGGAAUGAUGACUCUGGUCCUGCUCUGUUAUUUGGUGCAUCGAAACCGCCUCCGCGCGCUGAGAUACUCUCUCAACUUCCCUCGAAAUACUUGACAGACAUCCUGGUAGCUCGCUAUUUCAGUACUUUAGAUCCAGGCACACAUGUCCUGCAUGGCCCAGUCUUUCAGAAGCAGUACAACGCUCACUGGGCUGAUCCGGCAAAGACCAGUAUCGUCUGGGUAGCGAUGCUCUUUGCCAUGCUACGGAUAGCGCUACUGUCAUAUGCGCAAGAUGGCGACGAGCCACCUGAAUUCGCAGGGAAGAGCUUGGAUUUGAGUAACACAUGCAGGGCAGCAGUUGCGAACUGCUUAAUCCUAGCAGACUAUACGAAGCCGCAUGAGCAUAUUAUCGAAGCUCUGCUUCUUCAUCUUCACGCGGAAUAUCGCAAAAACCGAGACAGCGAAGCAAGUAUCUGGGUGCUUGUGGGGAUGAUCGUGCGACUGGCUAUGCGCAUGGGCUACCAUCGAGAUGCCAAGAUGUUUCCCAACAUAACACCCUUCCAAGGCGAAAUGAGAAGGCGUGUCUGGACCUUUGUCCGUCAGGCAGAUCUUCUGUUUUCAUUCCAAAUCUCGCUUCCUGGAAUGAUUCGUGUUGGCGAUUCUGAUACUGAACUCCCUCGCAAUAUCUACGACGAAGAAUUCGAUGAGGACACCACGGUACUACCACCAUCACGGCCGUCCACUGAUCGCACGACUGUAAGCUACAUGAUCACAAAGGGCCGCUUGGCGCUUGGCUUUGGUCGAGUGCUUGAAGAAGUUGGCGGUGUACAUUCCAAGUCAUAUGAAGAAAUCUUGAAGAUCGACAGAGGCCUUCGAGACAUCUUUGAAGCAGUACCAGAGCACCUGAAGCUACGGCCCAUGAACGAGCAGUAUCAUCUUCCUAUCGAGCACAUCAUCGCACGCUUCCAAAUCUCUGCAAUAUACCACAAGAGUCAAUGUGUUCUCCACAGGAGGUUCCUUCGAUCUGCGAGGUGCAACCCUAGAUACGCUUAUAGCCGUCGAACGUGCUUGGAGAGCGCGAUGGCUCUCAUGAAUUUUCAAAUCACGGUACAUCGUGAAAGUCGAGAAAAUGGCCGGCUGAGAAACAGGAAAUCCUGGCUUACGUCGCUGACUGCACAUGACUUUUUCUUAGCUGCCACCAUCAUAGCCUCGGACCUGUAUCCGGAAAAACAGCAGGCAGAAGCAAGUGUGGCAAGUACAGCAACAAGCCCCAGGACUAAUUUCAGCGACAGCAACAGUGGCAGAAGCGCGAGCUUCAGCGAUGCAUACGGCUUCCACAUAGGCAUGGAACAUUCCCAAGAUGAUCUCCUCAGGACUUUGGAAGAGAGCCGAGAUAUCUGGGCAGAGCUCCGCGACGAAAGCAUGGAGGCAUAUAAGGCAUCGGAGCUCCUUAACGUUAUCAUUGCAGAACUCAAGCCACGAGCAGGUGGCCCAGCCCACGGCAUGGAUGAUCAACGCGAAUAUGCAAAUAGCAACCGCAACGGAAUCCAUGGCCAAGUGGAUGAGAAGCAGAAUGCUGCUAUGACACUUGGACUGCUGUCAAGUGGAGGCAAGAGUCCGAAUGGUGGUGUCUCUGGGCAGCAAGUACAGGACCAGAGAGCCCCUGGAAACGUGUUCGACAACACCAAUUCUAUCGAGAGCUUGCUGCAACCAGCCGGUGUCUCAUCAGUCUCAGGUGGUGGAGGUGUCUUCGAUGCCCAAAAUGGCGCCAACGGACCAAUUCCCUUCUUGGGCAUGUUCGGAGCCAGUAUGCCGGAUGACGGAGGCAUGAAUCUCGACUGGGAUGCAUUCGAUUCCUAUAUUCAAUCGUCGAACCUCAGCCUCGAUCCAGCCAACACUCUAUGGUCCUCUACAUCACCUACUCCGAAUCCCUUCCCAACAAGCAUGCCUCCACCAAACAGUAUACCUAGUAGCAACUCGACUACUACAGCGCCAUCAACUUUCUUUCCCUCGCAAAACAUGUCAGCCUAUAGCUCCAAUUCAAAACCUCGUACGGCACCGAAUCCCGCGCAGAAAUAUGGUGGUGGUCCGCCGCUAGACCCUUCGAUUCAAGGUUCCACCCCUUCGACUGAGAGCAGUCCGGGUCAGGUGUAUAUGGGCCUCUCUUCGCCGCAUCCUGGUGGGCUUCCGGCCUGGAAAUGGAAUAACGUGGCGACGAAGCCGGGUUGA